GAAUUCUAUUGUAGCAGAAGUAAGUUUUAAUCUAAACACUUCGGGUAUAUAAGUUCAAUCGAUCAUGCAGAUAUAUCAUCAGAAGUUUAGAUACAACCAACACAGGUCAACUUAAAACAACAGAAAGAAUGAAAGUUUCAGUUGCACUUAUUGCUCUUCUCUUCGGCUAUGCUUAUGCUCAAGUUGCAUACGUUGAUACAUGGCCAGCUAAUGACCAAGCACCAGCUGGAGCCCGAGGUGUUGUAGGUUAUAACGAGAUCGGGAACGGAACUUGUACCUUGAAGUUUCCAGAUGCUGUCUACUGGUUCCAUAUUUUCGACGGAGACAUCGUGCCAUCAAAGUCUAGCGUCUCCGAAGGAUUAUACGCGAUCACCGCACCAAAUAAGGAUUGGCAAGACACUGGAAACUUUUCAUUUGUCGUUAACUUUUUCUUUGAAACCUUUAACGCCUCCCAAAUUUUGUGGAGCUGUGACGUCAGCGAUAGUAGCCCACUUUCAGUUGAGUCAUUCCCAAACAACAUGGAGCAGAACUACACCCGAGCACGAAUCACAGAUUUGAACAUGACCGACCAAACCAAGAUUAUCCUUACACUUCCUGACUCUGUAGAUAAUUUCGGGGUUGAUGCUCCAGCAGUUGUAGAAGCUGUAAACGGGAAUGCUUAUACCAUCGGUAACUUUGGGGUUCAAAAAGAGUUCCGUUUCGAGUUCAACUACUUGACAAGAUGGUUCUCUGCAAGUGAGAUCACUCUCUCCUCCGUGGAAGGAGCCGAAGAGGAAGAAGAAAUUUAAAAAGCAAACAUCAUCAUUUAUAAACUUAAAUCAAAUCUUCUAAUAUCUUGAAAAAGAAACUUGCGUUUUCCUUAAAUUUGCAUGAUAACAAACAUACAUAUGUUAAAGUAAUCGACCGAUAAUAAAUUGCGCUCUGGGUGAUCAAUUAUAAUAAAAUUAUUAAUGUGAGAUAAA